AUGGCUAUGCUACUGGAUUGUCUGUCCCCUCCCUCUUUCCUUCUGGGCGGGAACAGCGGGGAACGUCUCUUCCAGGCCUAUGUCGAACGCACACCGACAGCUGUGAGGGCCCUGGACAUCCUUGCCUCAAGGGGAGGCAGUAUUCACAAUGACCACAUGGCUCUGCGAUCCUUCGUGGACUCCCAAGGCCGAUCCGGCCGGGAGUUCUUCGAGACCAUCUUCACGCACUUUGGCUAUGCCGUGGAAGACUCCCUGGUGAUCCCCGGGCUCUGCGUCAACGCGCGCUGGUACGAACCGCCUGAGGAGACGAACUGGCCGAAGAUUUUUGUCUCCGAGAUGCGCAUCAAUGAGCUGCCGGACACCGCCGCCGAGAUCCUGUACCGCCCGGGCCUCAAGGCGAGACUCCGCACCAGGAGCCGUCGCCUGGCCGGCCUGCCGGAACGACGAAGCGACCUGCGUCGGCUCGGCCAUCAUCACGCCACACGAGCUGCCUUUCAGGCAUCGAUGGGCAAGCGAGGCGACAACGGAGGAUGGCGCAACGAGCAUGGCAAGGAGCGCUCCUGGUCUAUUUGGCCGGGUGCACGUUCGCCCCAGUACCCUUGGCGUUCCAAGGAAGAGCGAAAGGGGAACCAGAGAGGCGAUGCCAUCCCUGGGUACUCGAGCAAGGAGGUCUCCCGGGGAGCGGUUCCACCGCCUCAUGCUCCGGCUUUGCCUUCGGAGCCCAAAGCCCCUGUUGGGAUGGUGCCCAUGGUGCAACAAGCGCUGAACUUGGCGAGAAAGGCAGAGGGCAAAGUUGCCAAACUACAUGCAGACCGAGACAAGAGGGAGCAACAGAUGAAAGCCUGGGAAGCAGAUAUGAAGGCAGCGUGGCUGCGGGAGAAGCGCCUUUUUGCCACAGACAUGGAGCGUAUCAACAAGGAGAUCGCGACCGCUGUCUCUGCACAGGAUUCUGCCCGCGAACACCUUCAGAUGGUUUUCAUGGCUUCCAUGUCAGGCACGGAGAUGCCCAGCACCACCAUGGAAGUCGAUGGGAAAGAAGAGGAAGCCCAAUGGGAAGCGGCUCGCUCAGAGUGGGAUGGCGUGCUUCAGAGGGCUCUGGGCACUCCGGCCCGCCGUUCUGCCCCCCCUAUGACUCCGCCGACUUUGGUACCGUACGGCGCCGCGCUCUGGAACCCUUUGGGCUACGCCCGCCACAGCAACCGGUCCAGACCACAAUGCUUGGAGACGGUGCCAUGGAGUCGAUGGGCGAUGUGA